AUGUCUGACAACGGCUCACCCAACGUGGCGCAAAAGCCCGAGGAGCAAGGCCCUAGCGAACACCUCAAUAUCAAGGUCACAGACAACAACAACGAGGUCUUCUUCAAGAUCAAGCGCACCACUGCUCUUGGCAAGCUCAUGAACGCCUUCUGCGACCGCCAGGGCAAGAACAUUUCAAGUGUGCGCUUCCUCUUUGACGGUCAACGGGUCACGGCGCAAGAUAACCCCGACACGCUCGACAUGCAAGAUGGCGACACCCUUGAAGUGCACCAGGAGCAGAUUGGCGGUGGUUGCUAG